CACAGAUUACCGGAAGUGACACGGGGGAGUAGAACGAUGGCGGACGUGCCGAGUGAUGCUCCGGAACACUGCCCUGGCACCAGCAGCGUGGAGGCUGGGAAGACAUCAGCCUGCCAGGGAUGUCCCAACCAGAGGAUAUGUGCUUCUGGAGCAGCCAGAACCCCAGAUCCAGCCAUAGAGGAAAUCAAGCAGAAGAUGGCCUCUGUGAAGCACAAAAUUCUGGUCCUCUCAGGGAAAGGUGGCGUUGGGAAGAGCACCUUCAGCGCCCAGCUGGUCUACGGCCUCGCCAGCGACACAUCCACCGAGGUAGCACUGCUGGAUGUUGACAUCUGCGGCCCAUCCAUUCCCAAGAUGAUGGGCCUGGAAGGAGAGCAGGUCCAUCAGAGCGGUUCCGGCUGGUCACCAGUGUAUGUGGAGGACAAUUUGGCCGUCAUGUCCAUUGGAUUCUUGCUCAGCAGUCCAGACGAUGCAGUAAUCUGGAGGGGCCCAAAGAAAAAUGGGAUGAUCAAGCAGUUCCUGCGGGACGUAGACUGGGGCGAGCUGGACUACCUCAUUGUGGACACACCCCCGGGAACAUCAGAUGAGCACCUAUCCGUGGUGCAGUACCUGAGCGGGGCUGGCGUUGAUGGCGCUAUCAUCAUUACCACGCCUCAGGAACUCUCGCUGCAAGAUGUCAGGAAGGAGAUUGGCUUUUGCAGGAAAGUGAAGCUGCCAAUUAUUGGAGUGGUGGAAAACAUGAGUGGAUUUGUGUGUCCCAAGUGCAAGAACACCUCCCAGAUUUUCCCCCCCACAACAGGGGGCGCAGAGAAGAUGUGCUCAGACAUGCAACUUCCUCUACUGGGCCAAGUGCCGCUGGACCCGAGAAUAGGGAAGAGUUGUGACGAGGGCCGAUCAUUCCUCUCCCUGGAGGCCGAGUCUCCGGCUGCUGCUGCCUUUUCGAGCAUUAUACAAAAAAUCAGGCAGUACUGCAAGGAUGGUGUGGAAGAUGGCAGUCCAGACUGAACCCUAACCUCUGCAGAAGAGUGCCAGAUAGGAAGGCAUCCCACAUUCCCUAAACAGGACAUUAGAAGAAAGGCACAGAUGUUUUUUUUAGUCUUCAGACCGCAAUCUACAAUGUUAUAAAAUCAUCUUGUGAAUUACUCAUUCAAGGUGAUGAUAUAUGCAUCCUGUGCAUUUGGAUUCAGUGACUUUAUAAUUAAUAUGUUGUUUAUUCACUUUUUAAUGUUCUAUUUUGUUUACCUCCUUUGACUAAAUAAACAUUAACUACAGUAAAUGCAACUUUGUCCAAUAGAGCUAUCUGUUUUGCUAUUCAGAGCUGUGUACAAGCCUCAUUUUUGGAAAAGUUGGGAUAUUUUCUAAAAUUAAAUAAAAAU